AUGGCUACUCAAUCCAAUCUUCAAUCUAGUAGCACUCCAGCCGUUACGGCUACCUCAUCUUCAUCCAUCACUAUAACUGCAACCACUACCACCAACGUCCCUGUUACUACUUCCACUACAGGGACAACUAUGGCGCAUGCUUCCAUUUCGGCUACCAGAGCUGCUACUGCUGCUCUAAGUGGGGCUUCUACCACUCCUGCUUCUUCGUCCCAAGAAAGCGAUGAAGAUGUUCCUGUCAUGGGUCCUCCACCUCUAGUUGCUAACGUGUCACAAUUUUAUGACGAUGAUGGGAAUCUAAGAGAUGUCAAAACUACCGCCUUAUGGCGUAGCCAAGUACAACUUCCGUUUCAAGUUUUCAAUGUCACAUAUUCAUUCUUAGUCGAACAAGCUCUUUCUAACUUGGUUCUUCCUCCUGCACAGACUGCUGCUAUGUCGAAGAAAAUCAAAGCUGCUCGACCAACAACUUUAACAGACAUUGCUCUUGAUCCUAAAACGAUCAAAGAAAACUGGGAGUUGGAUGAAGAAACCGUCCUUAAGAAAACAAAAUCCAAAAAAGGUCGAGGUAGAGGAUGGUCGAGUACAAGUGAGGCCACAAUUCCUUCAAAGAAACGUGGGGCCGUCAACAUUCUUAUGGCAGAUAAACCUAGAAAAGUACAAAAAUCUGAUCCAAUUCCUCCCAUCAAGUCGAAACCUGUCACACGUAGCUCAAGGCCUCAAGAUGAAACACAAAGCCACUCGAAAUCAGGUGUCGAUCCAUCUGGUGUCGAGGCCGAAGUCACUCAACCCCCAAAGGUUACGGUCUCUUUGCGUUUCUUAAGUCCAAUUCAGCCUACACCUUCGACUGCAGCUUUCCAGGCUUCCACUGGUUCUCCAAUGGCAAGCUACAUGCCUUUUCUGACCGAUGCUGAAACUCAUCAAGAGUCUGGUCCUGUCUCGACAUCAGCUAUAGUAACUUUGACUAUUCUCCCUCAUAGGAACCCGGCUAAUGUUGAACAAGAAGAGUCUCCUAUCAAUGUUCCUGCUCUAGAAGCACAAGACUUGAAUUUUGAUGAUUUUGAUUUCGACCUCGAAAACAUCCUUUCAGAAGCUCGAAAGGUGUACUCUUCCGAAGGGACAAAAGUGAAAAUAUCGACUGAUGCCUUGAUGGCCUUGGAGACUUUCAUAGAAAAUAUUUAUAAUCACAUCGCCAAGGCUAAAGCAGUCGAAAAGAAAUUUAAUACGACAAUCGAAGCCUUAGCUUCCCAUGAUAAACAAUUAAAGAAAUGUGAAAUAGUGAAGUCUCAAAUCGAAGAAGUCUCAUCAGAGGGUCGAUCCAAAGAGAAGAUAUUGGCCACCAAAUUCGACAUUAUGGAAAAAGAAUUGGCUGAGCUGAAAGCAAACAAGGCAAAGAUUAAUUUCAAGUAG